AGAGGCUGCGACAGAUGGACCGUGCGCGGAAGGUGGAAGGAGAAUCCUAAGAUGGCUGCCGUUUGAACACGGUGUGCGCGUCGCGGGCAACAACAACAACGUGGGUGAGCUAACGGGUGCCCGAUGUGGAAGUGCAAGCUAUAACUCGGUGAUUUUUUUCGGAUGUGAAUUCCAUUACUGUCGACGGAGUUUCGUUAAAAAAAACGUUUUCGUGAACGGGUAGAAACGUAGCGAGGUACACGGCCACGCCCUUGGCACAGGCAGCCAUCUUGCGUGUCAGCUGAGCGCGAUGCACCACGGUAGUCAGUGUUGCAACCCUAGCAACCAUCAGGCGACUUACACUGCCUGCACGCCUUGCCAACAUUGCCUUACACUACUGUUCAGAACCCAGAACCGGAUCCAGAUGACAGCAGUUACUUGAGAUGUCGUGAGGUAAGCCAGGAUAAAGAUAGGUAAGUUUUUGAACAAUUACUAAAGCUUGUGCGGUAGAAAUGAAUGAUAAUUGACAUAUAACGAAAUGAAUGAGCUUAUAAGCCAUGAUAAAUGUUAUUAAUAUUUUUCUGUAAGAAUAUAAAAUGCAGCAGGUUAAAUUAUAUAUUCGAUACUGUACACUUUUUCUUUUUAAUGAGAGAAACUUUGUUUAAAAAAUGAACUCAAAAUAAUUUGUGCAACCUGUGAUACGAAUUCUUUAUCAGAUCGUACUUAUAGAAGCUUUCAUUCUAAAGUGGUUGAAACACGACAAAGUUCUGUAAUGAAUCGUGUGAGUGAUAUGAGAUAGGACUUUCAUAAUAUAAAGCAACUUACAGGUUGUAAGGGUAAAAAAUAUCAUUUUUCAUAAAAAAAAUUUACCGUGUUGCAUGCAAAAUUAUACAGGGUGAGUCAGAUAAAAUGUUAAGAACUAUUAUCGCAGAAAGUGUAACAGCACCCGAAGCACCCGAGUGUGUGGUGUAUACAAAUUUUUUUUAAGUGACUGCUGUAAGGGCAAUAAACUGACAUUUCUUUUUUAAGUUCAAUGAACUUAAGGCCCUUCGGGCCUUCGGCAAUGAUUUUCAAAGAAGAUUGACGCUACUAUUUCGUUAAAAAUGUGUGUGAAGUAUGUAAUGAACAUAUUCUAGUGUGUGAAAGUAUCAUAUUUUGGCAUCAUCCUGGUAAUUAAAAAGUUAUCAGAUAUGAUAUGCAAGGUGUGAAAAAAAGUGAUUGACAUGUUUAUAAGGAAAAUGAAUUAUGAUAGUGAAUUAGUGCGAAGUUCGUGCGUUGUGCUCUGUGUGAAUCACACCUACUUUCUUGGUGGAUCCAAGGAUAUCCUGCCCAAAACCAUACCGAACACCUAUUCUUUCCGGAAAGAACCAUGGUGGAGAUGAACGCGAUCGAUUUUUUCGAUCGCGUGAUUCUCGAUGAAUUGAUGCGUCUGUUUCAGGUACAUCUUCAGCAUAGCCAAACAUCCCCAGUUUCACAAUGCAAUAGGAUUUGAGCGGAGAGCUUUGCUCUUAUCGCUCUCCUUUCAUUGUUUCUUCGAUAACAACAGGCCGCCAGCAGCAGCAAAGGAUUCUGAUGUGUUUGUAUUUCUUGAAAAAAAAAAUGUAGUUUUGAAAAUAAAAUGGCAGAGUACUACGUAAGUUAUUGCAUGAGUGUAAUUUAACCUUCUUACUGCUGUGAUAAAAAGCAUUUAACAGUUGUGAUUAAAUAAAUGCUUUACUUAUUUUUUUUAUUUAAGUUGCUUUUAUUAAACUGAAUAAGUUUUUUUGAACCGUUUUCUGAUAUUUUUUAUAGUUAACCAUUCAUAACAAAGAGAGUAUUUAAGGGUCGAAUACGCAAGAAAAAUUAAAACAGACGUGUUUUGUCUUAAAAUUUAUGUUAUUAAAUAUUGAGAACGACGAAUAUUCUGAAUUAAAUUGUUGAUCGUAUAUUAUUCACGAUGAAGCUUUUAAUUUCAGAAAUUAUUAUUGAAAUGUAGGCAAAAGAUUCGGGACACAAAUUUUUAUUAUAAAAUUGGCUAUUACAAUGACUUCGUAAUUCCUUUAUUGUUGAAUAUAUCAUAGUGACGUUAUGUUUCUAAAGUGUUCAGUCUUCAGUAUUAAAUGUUUAAGAAUAAAUGUAAUGGCGUUAGAAUUUUGAUUAAAAGAAAGAAGUAUCGUUUAAAAAGAAGCCAGUUCAGUAUUUACAGAGGUAUCGGGCACGUUCUCUUACAACGUUCGCAUAAGUAACGAUCUUCGAGCAAUAGCUUACCCGCACCCUACCAUUAGGUCUAAGUAUUUAUGGGCUCAUUCAUUUCGUUUUAUGUUUCAAUUUGGACGCAUUGAUACUUGUUUGUUUACGUGUAAGCUGCCACUCAUUCAUUCGGCUACUCCAACCACUUCUAACCAACCGUUAUUAUCCCCUUUGUAGUGGCAAAUACACUUUCUUCGUUACUUCGCGUUACUUCGAUAUCCUAUUAUUAUUGUAUAUUACUUACUACUCGUUAUCUUGAUAACACAUUAAUGAGUGGCAACUUUACGCGUUUGUUAUAUUGUUUAAUAUCUGAGUUAUAUGAAUGUUUGAAAACGGGCCUGGUUUCCAUUAAAUGUACGACUUUUCAAUUUUUUCGACGAAUACAGUACAGUAUCUAUAUCUUAUUUGUAUAUUGUAUGAAUUUCAACAAAGUUCGACGUUACUAUGUAUUUUCGUUAAAAAUGUGUGUGAAACAUAUGAAGUCAUUAAAUGUAUGACUUCUCAAUUUAUUCGACGAUUACAGUGCAGAAUAUAGUGUGUGUAUGUUGUACUAGAAAACCUGCAGGCGAACUGCAGGUGAAUGCCGAAGGCAAGACAUGAACAACAUGCGCAAUUUUGGAUCGCUUGAACUCUUGAAUCGACAAAUCAACACCAGUUUCUGAAUGAAUUUGCAUCAAUAAAUUCUUUUGAAAAUAUCUCGAAAUCUAAUCCAUGUUGACCUAUUUUCGCCAAUUGUUUGCAAAACUAGAGAUCGAGACCUUUACAUUGACACCAAACAUGUCCAAAAAGUAUGGAGAAUAAGGUCAGGAGAAUGGCAACAAAAAAGGUAACAACGAGAAACGGGGUCAGUGGGAGAGAGAAUCGAAGGCCCGAAUGAAUUUCAAAAAAGAUUGACGCUACUAUUUCAUUAAAAAUGUGUGUGAAGUAUGUAAUGAACAUAUUCUAGUGUGUGAAAGUAUCAUAUUUUGGCAUCGUCCUGGUAAUUAAAAAGUUAUCAGAUAUGAUAUGCAAGGUGUGAAAAAAAGUGAUUGACAUGUUUAUAAGGAAAAUGAAUUAUGAUAGUGAAUUAGUGCGAAGUUCGUGCGUUGUGCUCUGUGUGAAUGACACCUACUUUCUUGGUGGAUCCAAGGAUAUCCUGCCCAAAACCAUACCGAACACCUAUUCUUUCCGGAAAGAACCAUGGUGGAGAUGAACGCGAUCGAUUUUUUCGAUCGCGUGAUUCUCGAUGAAUUGAUGCGUCUGUUUCAGGUACAUCUUCAGCAUAGCCAAACAUCCCCAGUUUCGCAAUGCAAUAGGAUUUGAGCGGAGAGCUUUGCUCUUAUCGCUCUCCUUUCAUUGUUUCUUCGAUAACAACAGGCCGCCAGCAGCAGCAAAGGAUUCUGAUGUGUUUGUAUUUCUUGAAAAAAAAAAUGUAGUUUUGAAAAUAAAAUGGCAGAGUACUACGUAAGUUAUUGCAUGAGUGUAAUUUAACCUUCUUACUGCUGUGAUAAAAAACAUUUAAUAGUUGUGAUUAAAUAAAUUUUGUACCAAAUGAGUGAACAAUUUAUCAUCUAACAGUUUGUCUCCGUAUAAGUACGAUUUUCACGCGUAAAAGAUAUUAACUCAGUUAUUCAUCACACACUUUUAAUUGCAAAUCGGUUAUGCAAAUUAUGUUUCGUCGCGGCGAAAUAGAACUUGUUAAGUCGACAAUGGAAACCAGGCCCCGAAGUGUAUGAUUUAACACGAUACCGUGUAGAAUGCGUGUUGUUAAUAUUUAAAACGAGGACUGAGUUAACCGAGCAGCUGGCUCGUCCAAUUAUCUUUCAUCGAUUUAUUUCUGCAUGCAAAGUAACGUUUCUGAUCACGACGGGAUGAUUUGAACGACAGUAUUAAGUAUAGGUGUUAGUCGGUAAUUUCGACGUUUUGUCCGGCUUACAGCGGUGACGAAAAAGUGUAAACGUCCUGAAUGGAAUGUAUGAACGCGCCUUAAUGUUUUGUGCCCUGCUGGACCGGUUACCCAACCGGUAAGGCAGGCAGCGAUCAAGCUUAACGAGUCCUCGAGUUGUGUUUAAAUAAAUUAGACUCCAAUUACGUCGAUGUAGGUGAUGUCUUCAAUACUUUUUUUUCUUGCACAUUAUAUUGUUUAAUUUUGAAACUUCACUUUUCAUAGACCAAAGGUGCUAAACUGUUCGUGAAUGUUGAUCCGUUCAGUUAUUCGAACAUUUACGUCCUGCUUGAAGAUUAACGAGUGCAGCUGCACGAAAAGGAUUGGCAACGGCAAUAUACAUUUUCUCUUGGCACUUUUACAUUAGAAGCGCGACACUGGAAUUUCUAUUUGAACACGAAGUGCAAUCAGGAAAGUGUUUCUGUAUCGUACAAGUGUCUGUGACGGGAGUGAAUUUCUGGUUGGACCGAAAAUAUCGGCUGUGAAAAGUGUAGAGAACUGCGAAAGAUAUUUUGCAGCUAGGUGAUACGGCAGGAAACCGCCAGAUGGCAAAGAGGACUUCUUCCGUGUCCUUGCCACUUGAUCCUGUUGAUGUACUAAGGAUCGAUAUGUAUACUUGUGGGUAUCUUUUUAACAACUGUGAUUAAAGCUGUGCAAAGUGAAAUUUUACGUCUACCGAUGAAACGAAACUAAGUGAUGUGUGUUGGAUAAACUUUUCUAGUCCAGUCCAGUUAAGCAGAGAAUAUUGUAGAUUUUUUAUUACGGACUUAAAGACUGUCGUGAUUUAUUGCCGAUCUAUUGGUAAAACCAUUUUUAACCAUGUAUACACACUUUAGUUCUCUUUCUUUUUUUUUAACGUAAUGCAAAACGUGUACUCUGCUUCAAUGCACCGCCCAAGUACGCCAUUAUUAUCUACCGCCGCGAGUGCUCCUAUAUCACAGGUUGAUCCCCAAGAGUUUCGAUUCGCGCGAAUAACGACGAGAAUCGUGCUUAUCUGAAAUUCUGACGCUCGUUCAUGAUCGAAUAUUCAUCCUUGGUCUCCCUGGGGAGGCGGAGGGAGGAGGCUAUAAGAAAGCAAAAGAGAAAGAAACGAGUAGGGAACGCACAGUAGGGUUUAAAGGGGGGAAGAAAGAAAGACCAACCAAAAUGAGAGUCCAAGCAGUGCGUUGAACCAUGGCCGGAGGAGAGACCAGAAGAGCCAAAGCCACUGGAGCGAUGAAGAAUGGGUGCUGGUUUAGCAAGAGUACAGAUUUGUUCGACUCGGGUGCAACGGCCUCUUUGCUUUCGUGUCCAUCUUCCCGUUGCUAUAGCUACGCCCUCUAAUACCUCCCACCAUCUUCGAAUAUUUCUUCUGUUUUGGUUUUGUUUGAAAUCCAUAAGGAAAAUGUCGAUCAUCCAUUUUGACUUGCAUGCUAUCGUUUCUUCUUGAUGAUAUUCUCUGAUACGUGGUUAGAUUUAUUGAUGGCAAUAUUUGACCGUGAAAAUUAAUGAAUGCUUUCGGUGAAAUGAAGGCAAUACCAGAGCAAUAUUUAAGAUUAAUGUAAGCAGUUGUAAUAUUUUCGAAGAAUGAGUUAAACCAUUUAAAUCUGAAAAAGUUUCUCGUUUGUACGAAGCACAUGGUAGACUUCUCUUUCUUACCGUUUAUCUCACUUUGUGAAACGAACAUUGAAUAGAAGCAUUUAUAACAUUAGUUAGAUGACGGUUGAGCUUGUAACUGUGACAAAAAAUAAGGAAAAACAACUUGUAAUAGUCAUGAAGCCAUCAAAUAAUUGUCGGCAGCAGCUACAGAGAGUGUCCGGUUUUGUGAGAACAACCUUGGUCAUUAAAUAAACUCCUUUUGAUGGUUGGCUGGUUAUCUUCAAUGGCGUUUUAAAAGGGGCAUUUAGGCCCAUUUUGGCUACCCACACAGCCCCUGACACCCUUCCCCCUUCUUCGGCGUUAUGGUGGCUCUCUUCACGCCCCCACCAUAUUCGACACGCGUCCUACCAUGCUAUAAGCUUAAAGGCCCUGACUUUUACGAUUCUGUUCAAGUGGUCAUAAAACCGGAGUUUAUUGCCGUCAUGAUUUUCAAGCAAACGGGCUGCCACCUGUCGGAGUCCCACAAAAGCGAAAACUGCAUCGAGUCACUUCAUCAAGGGCUCCAUCAAUCCGGGCAUUUCAUGAUUACUUUAACGAGUCGUAAAUCUUUUUCGAGACGUUAACAAACGAAAUAUAUAAUACAUAACAUUUUCUACUUGAAUACGUUAUUAUGCAAAAUAUUUAUUUUAAAAAUUGAAAUUUGUAACUUUUCUGAAACAUACACAAAGUAUAUUUAUUUAUGUCGUAAAACGUAGCAUAUGUUAAAUGCACAUACACAACACAUAACGAAAGCAGUAAAUGAGCUGCAACUAUUAUCGUGAACAAAGAACGAUAUCCUCGUAAAUGGUUGUAAAAAGUAAUAAAUGAUGCGAGCCCUAGGUGUAAUGUAGUCGCGUGUUAGUUUUCAUAAACAUUAUUAUUCUGCGAAACGGGAACGUUUAAACUGUUUUUUUGAGACACGCGCGAAGUAGUAGGCGGGUUGUGUCCUAAACAUUCAUAAUGGCAAAAGUGAGCGAGCAAAUAGUCCGGUCCGGUCCCUGAGAGCAGCUUAUGAUGGGCAUUACUCGGCUCGUUACGGAAUAAUUUACGAGGUGCGAACCGCGGGGGCGAUAAUCCAGCGACAUUUACAUCCCAAUAAACAUUCCCGAUACUGGUGCGGCGCGCGCCACGGUGCUUACUUGCUUCCCUCACGGAGGAGCUCACUUUUACGGCGUUUUAAUUGUACGACCGUAGUCUAAUUGGUUCGUAAAACGCUAAAGUAUCUCGUAAAAGACGUUUAUGAUAACAUUCGUGUCGCUCGUACUCACAAUCGCGUCAUCAUCGAACCAUCGGACAGGCUCGAACCGGACCGGUUCAGCUGGAAUCGGAACUUACAGGGAUGGGACGUGCCUCGUGCCUACGAAAUAUAUACUUUCCCUGUUUAUCUUUCCUUUCUCUGUCUCUCUUCGUAGCUUGUCUAUCAAACGAUCGCACGUAAGAGUCAAUUCGCAAGACCGCUUUCACCAAUAACGAUAAUCGCAAGGUGCCUCGUUGAUGUUGGUCGUUUGAACGUCUGAAUGGAUCUGGCAACGUUAGUUCGCGAUGAAACUCAGAGGUGGCGGUGCACGUAUCCCCACGAACGGAUAGAUCGCGGAGAGGGAAGGAGCGGCGAGGAAGAGGAAAGGAAACAUUGCGUGACGCGCGUGGCGUGCAGCUUUCGUUCUACCGUACGGCAGCCGACCGUGUCUGUAUCCACGGUUGCUCGCGCGUUUUCACUGGUGGGGGUAAUGCGGGGCGGCGCCUAACCAGUCAUGGGCGUCGUUCCAACUUGGAACUACUUUCACAUAGUGUAGGAAUUUUCGUGCUGUGGCGGCGCGGUACUCGUGACGAAUUCAAUUCUGAUUGGUCCUUAAGCAUAACCUCCUCCCUUGGCACCCUGUUUUCUUCCCCCUUCCGUUCUGUACCAACGACGCGUGAUCGUACUUCUUGUCUCUCUCUUAGCUGCUGCAAUUUCGCGUCUUUCUUUCUCUCAUUUUCUUUUUAGUUUCUUUUUUUACCUGUUUCGCUCUUCGUCUUUCCCUUUUUUUUUCGGCGCGGCUCGAAAUCUUACUUUUACGCCAGUCUUUUCGUUACUCCUUUCUUGGUCAAUUUGAAACCUUUAUAUUUUUUUUUAAUUUUUCGAUCUUUUUAUCUUACGUACAUGUUUUUGUUUAUUGUCUUGUCCAUUAGUACGCGUCGAAUCUUAUGUAGCCCGACAAGCACCGAAGUACGAAUUUAAUCUCGCGGCACGUCGUUGAGUUGCUCGAGCGGUCGACAGGGGGCUUCGUGAAAUCUAAUCGGGAGAAGGAAAAAGAGAGACAGCCGAAGAAAGUGGAAGAGACAAAACGAAACGCAUCGUCUAGAGGUGGAGCGAGAUGGAAUGAGAGGGUGAGUGAGCAAACGUGGAGGGGGCGUUAUAUGCGGGGGAGGGAGAGAACGGCGAUGACGGAGCAAGUGAGAGGAGUUGGUUAUCGCAUUGGAGAGGGGGUCGACACGCGAAAGACAAGGAGGAAAGUAGUGGUGGGUUCCUCGUCAACACAUAGCACACCGUGGAAGAGUGUGUGCGCACAAGCGAGAAGGAGCGGUCAGAAGGAAGAGAGGGAAUGAUAGUGGAAAAGAGAAAGAGAAGAAACGAGGGCUGAUGGGAGAGAGAGAGGGAAAUUGGUUGUGGAAGCAGGAGAACUCGAUGGUGAAGGAGAGAGACGAAAGGAGACGAACGAGCGAGCAAGAGACAGAGGACGGUACAGAGUGGCGGUACACGGGGCGCGAGAAAAGCGGUAGUGUGCCGUGGACCACCGCACUGGCAUACCGUGGUUCGUUACGAUCCCCUUCGUACGUCGCUUCAUACUGAACCUCACAGUCGUCAGCGAAGUCACAUUUCGACUAGUGCUAGUGCAGUGCGGACAGAGUCAGCGAUUCCUUUGGUCCUUUUAAAAGAUAGACCGGCCGACAUUUCGAGACACCCUGGGCCCCGUGCUUGACUGAUCAGAAAUCAUACACGCAUUAUCGAAAGAUAAAGGAAAAGAAAGAGAGGUGUCCGCGAGGGAGAUCGUCGCGUGCCGGCCGACCGAACCGUCGACGGGCGCGCACGCGGUAGAAAGACCCACAGAGGCAGUUUUAUAGCUCGUCUUAUUACCCCGGUUUAUUGCGUCGUAACGAUUUAACGAUCAUCGCCCGUUUCUACCACCUAGACCGCCGGUUUAUACUCGUGCCGGUAGCGAUAACCAUAACAAGUCCAUAAAAGCCCCCGCCGCUGCCAUGAGUCCCAUUCUGAAUUACACUCCUACGGCCUACUGACAUUGACACUUUGGGUAAAACCGCUUCUACCUACCGAUGACUUUUAUGACCACUUGAAACGGUUUAAUGCCCGUUUGCUUGUCCCUUGUCGACGCUGUCACCUGUCGCCCAGCCGCGUCAAACAGCGUAUCGGUGCUCAACGUGACGCGCUUGCCUUUCGACUUUUGGCGCGAAUUUGCGGAACAUAGAACCAGAACAAGACGAUUUUCGUUGUUAUUCGUGAAACGAUUGGGUUGGUGAACAAACCUAGCUCGAAUCGAUCACAUCGGAGCAUGGACUAGUAUCGGUCGUGACUAGCCACGCGUGUGUGUGCUCUUGACACUUUACGAACUACAAACAGUUCACGAGGUUACCUGCAAAACUCAUCGUCUAUCGCUUUGUUUCUCGAGUGUCGGUGUUUCAGUGCAAGUGAUUCAAAAUACCCGGGAUAAUGAACUCGUAUUUUGAGCAGACUGCGGGUGGCUUCUACGGAAGUCACCACCAUCAAACAGGAGCUGCUAGUCAGCACCAUGAUCCGGCUACAGCAGCGGCAUACAGAAGUUUCCCACUUGGUUUGGGCAUGUCUCCCUACGCAUCCACGCAACAUCAUCAUCACACCUCGUCGUCAUUGGGAAUCCAUCCGGGUGGAGGCACCAAUACGAGACCACCGCAAGAUUCACCAUACGACGCGAGCGUCGCGACGGCCUGCAAACUCUACUCGACGACACCUGAAGCGACCGGGCACACCACAUCCUCGUACUCGACCACAGCAACUAAGGACUGUAAGCAACAAGACCAAGCUGCGGCUCAUCAGAAUGGUUAUGCUGCUGUGAUGGCAGCCGCAGCUGUCAAGGACGUUUGGCAGUCAGCGACUUCCGGGGCGAACAGCCAGAGCAAUUCGGUCGUACGUCCUUCGGCGUGUACCCCAGAAGGUACGAGGGUUGGUAGCUACGGUGGUCUCGUAGGCGGCGACCCGGCAUCGAGUCCUGGUAACAACAGUUCCUCGAGGUCCCUCACGUCGUCCUGGAACACCUGCAGUUUGAACUCGUCCGCGAGCCAACCGGUUGCCACGCAACUACAUCAGCAACCUACCGCCAACCAUACCUUCUACCCCUGGAUGGCUAUAGCAGGUAAGGAAGAUAAUGCUAAGCCGCAUUGGACAUGGUUGCAAGGAGCGAACGGAAUGCGCAGGCGCGGCCGACAGACUUACACGCGCUACCAGACGCUCGAACUCGAAAAAGAAUUCCACACGAGCCACUACCUCACCAGGCGGAGGCGGAUCGAGAUGGCACACUCUCUCUGCCUGACGGAACGGCAGAUCAAGAUCUGGUUCCAGAAUCGGCGGAUGAAGCUGAAGAAGGAGUUACAGGCGAUCAAGGAGCUGAACGAACAGGAGAAGCAGGCGCAGGCGCAGAAGGCAGCGGCAGCAGCGGCCGCGGCUGCGCACCAGCAGCAAGCGGCCGGUGGGGGACCGGAUGGGGCCAACUAGGGGUACGCCCUGCACCGGAGCCCCCCUGACCACCCCACCACCAAUCCACACCACCCUCUGCUAGCACCACAAUGUACACAGCUAUAUUAAAGUUUGAUCGAAAACCCCUCCUGUAUGGAGGAAUGAAGAACUCAGACCGAUGAGCCGUACUUGACUAAAGAGGUAGUUGUGUGAUCGAAGAUAAACGAUUUAAUAUCGAAGCUUUGGUAAAGGAUACAGUUCAGAUUUAAUCGUUGUUAAUGUAAGAGCUAGCUGCAUCCGGAACAGUAUAUUGAAGGUUAAGUGUAAUGAGAUGGUUGUUAGCAAUACGCAUCUAACUCUUUUUACAAAUAUUUUAACGUUUCCUUUCAUCAACUUCGUAAUUAAAGCAGAGCGGUAUGUAGAAAUUAUUAAUUUCAAUGGCGUUAAAUUUAAAAAAUUUGUAAAUUGGCUGCUUGCAAUUGAAUAAAAUUGGUCGAGGUUUAAUCCUUUGUAACCAAAGUUUAGAAAGGGGGUUGAAGGGGCUCGAAGUUAAUGGAUUUCGUCGACGUUGAAUAACGGGCUCCGCAAGGUCUUGAGCGCGCAUUAAGCUUGAUAUAUCAUCGGCGAAAGUUACCGUGUCCUGAAGAAAAUGCUCGGCUAAAGAGUAUUGCUGGCUUUUAGCUGUGGCGGCCUUUAAAAUUAAGUUUAGCCGGUACACUUAAUGAGGAUAAACCACCUGCGAGCGUGUACCUCCAUAAUUUCCUAAGUUAUUCUGUUUGCGUGCAUUUAACUCGUGUUCAAGCUGCAUCUCAAGGGGUUGCCGCGGCAACGAGCCCCGUUGAAAUGUUGCCCCGUCGUGAUUUUCGUAUUUUUCUACAUUCUAGGAUAUCCGUGAACGUUAAUGAAGCGUCUGCAAUUUUCUCGAUUCGCCCUGUUUAUUCCGCUCACGUCCGUUAGAUUAUAGUCCAUGCUUGAUAGAAGCAUGGUUGAAAGACGCAAGCUUCAAAUAGUCACAAUAUUUACAACUUUUCUGGUGUUCUUCUAUUUUUUUUCACUAUUCUUGUGAAAAGGGAGAAGUGAAAACUGCUCCGUGCCUAUCGUUUCUCCUAAAAGGGGGUGCGAGGGUGAAAAAGAAAGUAGAAAGUUUCGAGUCAGGUAAAAGAAAAAAGGAAAGAAAAAGGCAGAUACAACCAAAAACGGUGCCAAUUUCAGUACGCUAUCUGCCUCGAAGAUCCUUCGGUAUAAUUUGUAUUUUAGUCCAGGGAACGACCAUUCGUUCCCAGAAAACGAACGACCCUUCGAAUUGCUUCUCGGUCGAGGCAAUAUCGGCUGUAAAAAAAGGUCCUCGCUUUUUCUGCGCUUUCACGAAAGUCUCUGUUGCCGGUUCAGGCUUUUAUGACUCUUUCCAUGUUUGGGUGGAAAAAACGAUUCCCGGGAAAUGUCGUCCGCGGACGCUUUGUGCCGAUCAGGGCGACAGUCAGCUAACGUGCCGCUUUCAUUUCGACUCGGUAUCCUAUCUCUUUUAGCACUUUUUAAUUUUGCUUUUCUCUACUGAAUUUUUUUUCUAUCAUUGCUUUUAAUCCCGGCUAUAUUUUUUCUAAACAUAGUAACUAAUUAAUUACAACAGUUUAGUUUAUUAUUGUUGGACAGUUUAAUUAGAUAAUUUAUAAAGCAGUUUUCCACCGGCUUCAUCUCGAAAUCUCAUUAUCAGUCGCGCGCGAUUGCACCAGCCGCAGGGAAGAAGAAUUGGCGCGAUAAUUCGCAGUCGUUCCUAAUCAUAUCUCUGCCAGAUAAACGGAAAAGUUUAUAAAGUUCCUUUUGUUCGUACGCAAGCAGUAUCUCACCAAGCGAAGGAAUUCGCCAAUUAACUCCACGAACUGCAUCGUAAUUGUAGGCUGUGUGCCCUGCCGAGAACCGAUUCCAAACGAGCACUAUCCCUGAUUCCCAGUGUGAGAUGUUUAAUCGAUGGACUCCGGGUUUCUCGUUCCUCCACGUGUUGAAGCGCGACGAAACACCAUUUCGGUGGUUGUCGUUGCAUCAAACAUUCGCGUUUUCACCGAUCUAUACGAAAUUCGGUUUUCAACGAUGUCAGUUAGGUGGCCUCGAAAUAGGUUAGGAUUUUAGACUUGCAAAUGGCGUAGUGACAUGCAUCAUGAAUGCAUUAUGAGUUGUGACCCGCAUCAAAGUCUCCAGGGGAAUAAAGAUUGGAGGAUGUAACGAGGUUGAAAAUGAUUUGUUUUAAUCGUUAUAAUUUCGAUAUUUCUUAUAAAAAUUUAAAAAAUACAUCAUAUUACCCAGAGCUUUCAUUGAGACGGUCUGACGUUAUCUUAAGAAAUGUCACGCGGUAGUUCCUCGUUCAAACCGAACCGGAAAUAAUCAGCCUUUUUUCUGUUGUUUUUCUUCCGUAGCAACGAUAAUCUCGCGUCUUCCUUUAUCGUUCGCGUUCUUUAUCGGUCGCGACUGUGGCCGAGCACGUUUUUAUGACGCAAAGUAGAUCGUUAGUCGUUGGAUGGAACACUGCCAGGAACUAUAAUCGCGUUACGCUCGAAUUGUGGUGCCCGGUGGUAGCAACGUUGUUGUAUCGAUACGCGAAAUCGAUUAGUGCAAUAAUAAAUUGCGAUUUGAGUUAUAUUACCGUAUUAAUUACAUAUUUACGACGUUAUUUAUUUCCCCACUUCUACACACACGCGCAUACCCGCGGGUUUCUGUUGCAUUGUUUCGGCCACUCAUUAAAUCGUGCAUUGAUAGCGGAACCGCAUUAAAUUCGCGACCGUGCCACGCUUUGAUAAUAUAAUGAGAUAUACAUAUUUUAGAGGUGUUUUUUUAAAUCUUUCUUUUGUCGUCGACGAGAUUUACAUUUCAUCAUUCUUGAUCGACGGUUUUUGUUGCUACAGACAAAGCCAGUUAAGAUCCAAUUAAGAAAGGACCAACCCGCUAUUGUGGGUAGUCACAACCUAAGAAUUUGACGGACCUCUAGCAGCGUGCUUCCAUACGUCACCUUUUCUUUUUUUUGUCACCUAAAUAAAGAACGGGACACACCGAAAGAGCUCCUCUCGCGAACCGUCUCCCGAUGCCGUGACGCAGAUAUACGCGCAGAUAAAUUUUGACAGUGAACAAGAAAAAGCAAUUUAGAAGUAUUCUGGCGAUCUACUUUUAUAGGAAAGAGUUCGCCCGUAUAGACGAUAAAUCCUGCGUCCUGGUACGAGUCUAAAAGCUAGAAAUAUUUAAAGGGGUAUUUCUGAUCCAGAGAUUUCGUAUCGAUUUGCGAGUUCUUUAUUGCCCUUUCUAACCUGGACGGGUAAUACAAAGAUCGUUAAGCUUUUGUUAAUUUAUGCUCAAAACUUAGUUAUUUUCUGUUUGCAUGUAGUCAUGCUAUAAGGAAGUUACCAGCCAGAGUUAUAGUAAACGUGGGUUAGAAAGGAAUGCGAGUGACUUUAUGGGAGUUGAUAUUUGGUUCACAGUAUUGCGAUGCCAUCUAGUGGCUUUAACGACAUCGAGCUUAAUUAUGGCCGCCUCACCCCCGGCUUUCGAGGGCGUGGUUAAGGCGGAGACAAUCAGCGCCGACUAUUCCAUCGUAUUGGUUCGUCACAGUUUAUCGUCUUUCAUUGGCAUAAAUAAUUUUUUCGGGAAAAAUAAAGCUUUUCUAUCGCAUUUUUCGAUAGAUUCGCGGAAAUGAAAAUUUUUCACAAUAAAGCGACGCAACGAUGACCUCCGAAGCGGAGAAUUGUAGUACUCUGCGUGGCGCUAUUUUUUCGUUAAUUGGUCGUUUCUGUCGUAGAGGGCAGCACGUAAUGAGCCGUUCUUGAACGUUAUAGCAGCUGUUCUGCCUUAUCGACGCCUCACUCGGUACGGCGUUUAAUUUAGAGAACUCGCUCCUACUUACCGCCUAUUCUACGGUAGUCCAAUGAUUGCCGGUAAUGCGUUUUAUGGUUUGUUUUUAUCGACAUGGUCGUACAGUAACUUACAGUGGUGUUUCUGGUUCUCAUCGUGGGGCUUCGUCGCCCGUACGAACACCAAUUCAUGUGUAUCCGUGUUUCUCUUCUGCAUCCGAUAGUCGGGCUCUCGCAUUUUCUCUUGGCUAUUCGUCAAUAAACCAAUAAAGUCGCCGCGACUAGCGCUACCUCAUGAAGACAAAACAAAGUAAAGGACACUGUUUGAUUUUAUUGGGCAGUAAAGUGUGAUUUCGACAGAUUGAUACAUGAUCUUUUCUCUUUGUUUCAUCGUCGCUCCCUCCCCUUCGCUCUCUUGUUCUUUCCCGCUCAUAUAUUUUCCAACCGCUUGCUCGUCAAACGGUAGGUCGGGGAUCUUUAUUGGCUGUAGAGGAAGACAUUUUACGAUCCAUAAAAGCGUUUAUAGCGCUCCAGCAGUCUUACCUCGGUUCUUACACCCCAGUUAUAUCCAUUACCCCUUCCGCGGCCUUUCCAAGGGCGGCCACUGGCACGCGCUCGCUCUCUCCACCGCCUUUGAGAUUUACAGGUUACGCUCCCGGUAACACCUCGUAAACUUGGCUUAACGACUUUAACCGGGCCUAACUGCUUCCUUCCUGCAAUCAGACCCUGACCUACCUCUCACGUAAACGUCCUAGAAAAAUUUCAACGGUACCGUAAUUCAUGACAUCACAGACCCUUCAGUUUUCUCCAACUUCGCGAUUUAAUCUAGUAUUCUUUUACGUACCCCGGUGUCAUUAUCUUAAACAUACCUAUACUCUCCAGAUCUUAUACGGCUACUCUAUAAGAAAAGUUCAACUUUUUUCGGAUGCUCUGGGGAUAUUUAUCAUCGCGUAGGGAACUAGUUUUCCCCUCAGGAAGGUUAGCAUCCUUAAUUGUGUACUUUUUUUGAGUUCUCCAAGACUAAGGGCAAAUAAUGGGUGGUUCCUCCCCCUACUUUUACUCUUAACUAAGAGAAGCCCACAUUGCACCCGAGUGUGCAUGCAGCAGGUGCGUACGACUUCUGAAGUGGAACGUGUUUUGCCGUGUCUUACGAGAGCAGAGACACGCGGGCUGCUGUCCGCUGUUUUAUGAUUUGUUUUGAUUACACUUCAUUACCAUUUUACGCCUUUCGUUGCCACGUAACUGCCUGGCAAUAACUCUUCGUUGUUGAUUCUAUCGCGACGUUUACGACCGUCAUUAUUAGCUGAUACCACUUGAACUCUCGUAAAGUCUACGCCCGUGCGAUCCGACUCGUCCGGGACAUCCGCUUGCACGCUGGCCCGUAGUAUGAGUAGGGGGAUUCCCAGCCCAGAGGGUGGUUGCUCAGAGUGGGGAGACUUACUAGUUGCCGGAUCGUCCGGCAGAUCGCGCCCCAGUAGUUUGUUACGUCUUAAUGCUAUACUUCAUUUAUCGGGGCUUUCUCUCUACUUUACUCUCUUAUCUCACCACAGCGAAUCAUCAUAGCCUUGGGCUCGGAACCGAUUGCUUUCGACUCGAUCUUGCUCUCUUUUUCUCUCUCUCUCUCUCUCUCUCUUGGCUUGUUCUCUGCUUAUUAUCUUCGCUUUCGUUACACACGCGCCUACUUUCUGUCGUAAAUCCUCGCACGAACGACCGGCAGCGUAGUAUCGCUGCAUCUUGAUGAUUUCUGUGUAAAUUCAAGGCGUCAAGUAGAUUUAUCUGUUGCCGUUCGGGGGAGUAAUUGGAUUUUGACGGACACGUCCAAUCGAAGUGGUAGUGCAUGUUUCAAACUAUUCUUUCCUCUUCGUUUCAUCAUGUUUUUGAACUCGCGACUCGGUGAUUUUGUAGAUUGCAUUUUCAUUCCCGCCAUAGAUCCUCGUGACGAAUAUUCGAAUGCGACCAACGGUUUGUUUACUCCAGGCUCGGGAAAAUUCAUCUUCCUGUCCUACAUUGAUCGGUGCAAUAAUGUACGGCAGUUCAAAACUGUUUGUUCAUUUCUUUGUACAAUGGAAAAAUAUUUCUGUGCGUAUAAGAUCGAGAUUUAAAUACGAAAGGGAUGUAAGGGAUUGCAUUUGAAUUUAUAUUAUUGCAAAGUCCGGUAAUGCAUUUCGAGAACUAGCGCGGCGCAUGAACAAGCAUAAACAAAAGCUUUUUUGAGCGUUGUGAUAGCUUAAUAACCGCGACCGUUGAUCCGGAGGACGAAGGAAGCCGCGAAUUUAGCAAAACCCGGUUUUGUACAAGCGGUAUUAGCAUUUAAAAAUGAACAGCGCCCCGUCUGCUGGCGCCAUUGGACCACAUUUACACAACAAUGAAGGGCCGCGCUCUAAAAACUCCCAGAAUCCCCUUGGCUACGAAGUCAACGGAGAAAGAGCAGCAGAGACGGCGGAUGAAAUAGAAGGAGAACGGAGAAUCGUAACGCCAUCUCGAUCUUCUCUUUACUUUCUCCUUUCCUCCUCAAAUCCCGCGUGUUUCACCCUGUCUCUCUGGGCCCCUACCACUUCAGAUUUGAGGUUAGGGUGGUGUGGGCCGCAGAAAGGCACAAGAGGCAACGACACAGGCCUGACUAGAGAAUCUCUGGCAACACAAAACCAAAAGGCUUCCAUGGCCUUUUUUUCUUUCUUUCGUUUCUUUUCGGAUCUUGGCUAGCCACAGAUUGAAAGGGAGAAAGAGAAGACGAUAUAUUCUUCGCUCCGUCUGGCUGGAUAUUUCUACACACGAUACACACUACACCAUCCUGUUGUCUGAGCUACAACGUGAUGGCUGUACCUGCGACGUUGCCAAAUUAUCUUACGUAACCAUGUAAUUUUUCUAGCUAUGGUCGACACUGUACAGGCGAUUUCCAACGAUUUUUCCCCCCUUACAAACAUGUGUUUCGAAGUAGAGAGUGAAGUAUACAAAAAUUUUUUGUCUAAUUGCGUUAUAGUAUGGCCAUAUAGUAUGAGUUCAUUGUCAGCUAUGGCUGCUGAGCCGAUACGAUGACACUUUCGAAGUGACGCGUUCGUAUUGCCCGUAGAGAAAUUAACACACUCAGAUCAAUGUUUUCCGACAUUUCACGACUUGUCGCGUGGUAAAAGAGCCACGACAAACGUUUCAGGAGCAGUUUUACGCCUUCUUCGUUACGGCUGAAAAAGCACCGACCAUGGUGUGCCGUGUUGGAUUUCUGUUUCGUGUCUCGUGUGCGCGAUUACAUGGUUCGUUUAACGCGGAAAGAAUGACCAUGUACACGUUGUCUAUCAAUUCCAGCGGCUAGGUUCGUUUCAUAUCCUGUUCCGGGGGCAAAUAUCAGGGGAGACUCAAUUAAAAGAAACGCAUCAAAUCAGUCGAAUAGCUCGGUCGAUUCGCUUGGCGUCGCUUGUUUCCAGUUUCGGACGGCUGCUUAUUUAUACAGACCACCCGGGAGCGAGAUCGCGUUGAAAUAAAGUGGUACGAGCUAAAUGUUCCUUGACCACGCGCGAUCGUGCUCGUGCUGUCUUUCUUUCUGGCGCGCGUGAGCUCGUUCCCAUACACAUGCGUAAUAAAUAUCCUGUGCGGAAUUUAUCAUUGUUCGCUUUGCUUUAUCGCCCGACGAGAUUAAUGUCUUUAUACGAGUCGUGAGGAACUUUCGUCAUUUUUGUAGUUCACACCUUCACAAUUGUUCGGUUAUUUUGCUACCAGUGGUCUUCUCGCAUCAAGGUAAUCGACGUGUCAGUUCAAAGCAUUUUAUAACUCUAGCGAAUGUCUUCAGUUUACAAAGAUUCCUCGUGUAAUGUGUUAAUUGUACGAAGGGAGCACUUCUGUGCAUCAAUCUCCCCAGGUUGAAUCUACAGUUUCGUCGUCAAUCCGCUUACACAGAUAGUAAUACCAAAAUAAUCUUUUUGAAAUGUUCCUAAAGUUCUUGUAAAUUUUCUUACACCCAUGAAUCACAUAAAAAGCUAAGGAACUUUAGGGAAAUUGAAGGGUUGAAAAUACUGUCUAAUUGCGAUACAGUGGACGGGAUGCUUUAGCUUGUCAUCAAGAUGCACUUGGUUUUACCUGUUUUUUACAUUUUUACGCCACUAUAAUCUUCGUUACUGUAAUGUGUCAGAAAGUUGCACAUCUUUCACAUAAUGGGAGGGUUAGGACGGGGGUUGGUUACGACCACUGGUGGUGGGUCUCCCUCGAUCCUGUGAGAGAUUAUUCUCGCAUCAGCCUGCCGUUCUCGCGGUAAAUUAUUCGUUUUCAACUAAAAACGGACAAUGAAAUAAAAGUUUCGGGCCAAAAGUUUACGCUUCUUGGCCACGUAAAUCAUCUCGGCGCGAAGUAGCACAAAAAAAGUUUGGUCGCCGGUGUGUACGAGAGGGUGGCGGCAAAAUAUGAGAACUAAUUGUGACGCACUCCGCGGAGAGUUAAAUCGCACGCUGCCUUGAGGGGUUAGAAUUUUGAGGUGGCCGGUAUUAGGCUGUCCUUUUCUCCUUUGCCCCCUCGUGUAUAUAAACUUAAGAAGAAGAAGACGCGGAGACAGAAAGCAAGGGACCGGUAGGCAACGUAGUUAUAUCCCGCGCAUGUUGGCAGCAACGCCAGUGUGUUUUUCAUUUUCUUUAUAUCACCCUUGACGCUCGUAAAACCAUUACCCGUGACCAAGCGAACGCAACUUCUAUAUAAAAUCGUAUCGGUGUGCACCCGUCUACAAUCACACGAUCCACGUGGUCUUUGAUGAUACUGAAACUCGUUCCUUUCUUUCGCUUCUUCGUUCUCCCCCGGCUCUGCUUUCGCGAGACGAACCCAAUUUCCUCGGCGACGGAUACCACCCUCGGAGUUUCUAUACUUGCCCGGCUAUCAGAAGGUCCUUCGCUUUUUCUCGAAGAUUGUUUAAGUAAAUCAAUAGUCAGGUACAAUCCCAGUGUUCGUGCAAUCAUUUCUAAUCUCUAGGUUAGCUUAUUAUACUUUUGUACAACUGAAAUACACCGCAAUGGCUCAUUACACCGAGGCGUCGAGACACCGGAUCUUGAUACCCUGAUGUGUAGAUAAGUCAGUUACUGACUCGGUCUAGCGCGUUCCACCAUGGAACCUUUUUUGCGUAGCGCGCCCUCUUAUUGCUUUCCUCUCUUCUUUACUCUUGCUCUCACUCCUGGUGGGUGAUUCAUCAUCGGCGUCGUCCUCUCUCGUUUCUCUGGCUCGGCUGGCUGGCUGGUCUGACUGGCUGGUUCGCUGGCUCACUUGGUUUCUGGCUUUCUGGCCCCUGGACCCCUUGUCUCUUUCUCUCUUUUCUCUAUCAUUCGUUUGUCUUCCUUUUCUACCUCCCCCUCAGACCUAUAUACUCGUUUUACUCCUACACUGGAGCCGUACCAACAUGCAGUUCUGGCUCGGUAGGGCGCUCUUUCGCGCUGUUGGCCUAUAGGUAUUCCCGCACUCCGGGCGCAUCCUGAAGUCGCCGGCCGCAGAGGUGGCUCUACUGGAUCGUUGAACAAUUCACACCUAAAUUUGAGUUUCACUUGAUACAGUAACGGCCCAAUCACUUUUUUAAAUUAUAACAUCGAGUGGAGAUAAGAACAUUAAUAUUUUGACUCUUGUCUCGUCGGUUCCAGAAGUUAGGACAGCUACCAACGCUGUCUUUACUUCUCCUAUAGUCUCCCCUUAUUUUGUGUGCACCCGGCUAAGAUAUCUGCACAGACAGGUACACCCACUAUAAGGGCGAAUACGCGUCGCUAUAAAACAUAUGAAACGAUAUAUUACCCAGCGAUAUCACUCUGCAGCACGAGGCGAUACGGUAAUAUUUCGCCCAGGAACGCUUGGAAAUGUUGCCCCGUGUCAGCGGUGUAAGCACUGCGGGGGCACGGCAGAAAUCGUUGGCUACGGAUCCUUCUUAUUUCCUCGUCUCUGUUUCUGAUAUUCUCUCUCGCCGUCAAUUGUCUCCAUGAUCAAAUGCGAUGCUUUUCCUCGUUCUUCAAUGGAUGAUUCAAUUAUAGGAUACAUGGAGCUGUGUUCAAACUCUCUCGACUACUAUGAUUAUUGAUAGUAUCGCAGACGUUGCCUCCAUUGUUGGAAGUCUCCCAUGUCACGGAUCAGCGUUCAUCGUUCCCAGCAAUGUUUUUAGCACGAUUCGCCAUUGAACUCGAUGGUUAGAUAAGCAAUUCGUUGCGUGUUUUAAACUAGUCGGUCCAGCGUGAAAUAUCGUGAGGCUUUUCAAGAACGACGUCGAGGAAUAGCCAGGCUCGUUUAGAAGAGACCUCCGUUGGUUUUGAAGAUGGGAUUCCGGUAAUUCGACGCACUGAAGAACGAAGAAAGACCGAGGAAGUUACUCAAGAGCGAGAGACAUUGGGAUACAAAGUUGAAGUGAGAAUGACCGAGCGAUGGACAGAGAUGGCGUGAAAGGGUGGAGAGGUAAAGAGAAGUGGGUUGGGUACGAGGGAUAGAGUAGGGGCGGGAGGGCGUUCC